CACAGUCACACACGUGGGGGGGGAAGAGGAGGCGCCCCCCCAGUGCCGGCCCCUCAUGCACCGCGCCGACCUGCAACUGCGCCCUGCAGGCAGGAGGGGGCCCCUCUCUCGGGCCCCAGGAGCAGCGCGAGUCGCGACUCCCCCUCCCCAGCCGGGGCAGCCUCCUCUGGGGAAGAGAGCAGCAGGCGGGCGGCGGCAGUGAGCAGCCACGGCGGGGCCCUCCGGCGCCUCCAGAGACCGGCAAGGGGCUCAGGCACCAGCAGGUACAUCCAGCGCGCUGCUUGCUGCCCCCGAGGCAACAUACAGCAGCCGCCACCUCCUCCCCUACCCUGGGGCUGCAUGGCCGCUGUCCCCAGCCCGCUCAGCUCUGGGUUCUGCCCUUCCGCGCCCUAAAUACCGUGUGGGGUCGGACUCCUUCUCUAGCGCUCGCAGAGCGGCGCUUCCUUGCGCGCCAGCACAUCCUGCCAACUUAGAAUUCCACUACUGUGCAAUGAAAGGAAUCUUCAUUCCUGGGAAUUGAAACUGGUGGAUUAUUCCUGGUUUCCUUGAUGAUUAUAAAAUGGAGCCCCUAUCAUUCAAAGUUAAAAAACUUCAAGCACCCACUGAUAUCUCAGUGGAUUUUAGUCUCCAGCUUGUUGGUUCUCUGCCAGUGCAUUCUCUAAUCACCAUGCCAGUGCUGCCUUGGAUUGUGGCAGAGAUUCGGCGGCUCAGUAUGCAGUCUUCCAUGGAAGAACCUAGCACCAGCCAAAUCCGGCUUUAUGUUUCACCAGCAAGCCUGCGAUGUGAACCAGACACAGGAAAGAGCCAACAGUGGGAUCCUUUGAUUUGUUCCAGCCUGUUUGAGUAUAAGCCACAGCAUGUCCACAAACUGAUUCACAAUAGCCACGAUCCAAGUUACUUUGCUUGUCUGAUAAAGGAUGGAGCAGUAAAUCAGCAAAGUAUCUGUUAUGUAUUCAGAGCUGCUGAUCCAACAAAAGUGCCUGAGAUUAUUGGCUCCAUUCGACAGGCUGGAAAAAUCGCUCGCCAAGAAGAGUUCCAGAAUAAUCCAUCUGAAGUUGAAGACCCUUUUUCCAAAAAGUUUGAGGUGUUGUUCUGUGGACGAGUGACAGUAGCACACAAAAAUGCGCCCCCAGCAUUAAUAGAUGAAUGUAUCGAAAAAUUUAACCAUGUUAGUUGUACUAAAAAAUUGGAAUUUAAUUCAUUGUCCCAACAACGUGAAACUGCCAGUAAUUCUGGAGGAUUAUCAUUCAGUGAUAAAUUGCGAUCUGUUUUCCAACCCUUGGUCGGUGAAGAAGAAGAGAAAAGGCCAAUUAGGAAAUCUUAUUCUCAGCCUGGGCUGCGUUCCUUUUCUUUUAAGAGGGACUUGCAAGAUGGGAGUUGCAGGAGUAACAGUUUUGCCAGCUCUUUUGAUGAAACUGAGACUUCGCUGAACCUAAAACGUCAACUUGGCUAUGGACACAACGUUGUGCAGCCAACAGAUAUUGCAGGAAACCGGACUAUGUUGUUCAUGAUUGGGCAGUCUGCAGUUUAUCUCAUCAGUCCUGACACGAAAAAAGUAGCACUUGAGAAAAGUUUCAAGGAAAUAUCCUUUUGCUCUCAGGGUAUUAGACAUGUGGAUCACUUUGGGUUCAUCUGUAGAGAGUCUUCAGGAAACGGUGGCUGCUACUUUGUCUGCUACGUGUUUCAGUGCACAGAUGAAGCCCUGGUUGAUGAAAUCAUGAUGACUUUGAAACAGGCUUUCACUGUAGCUGCUGUGCAACAAACCUCCAAAGCUCAGCUCCAACUUUGCGAAGGAUGCCCUAUGCAAUUCCUGCAUAAACUCUGUGAAAAGAUUGAAGGACUACAUCCUUCUAAAACUAAACUAGAACUCCAGAAGCAUCUAACAACACUAAAUAACCAGGAGCAGGCUGCUCUUUUUGAGCAAGUUCAGAAAUUAAGACCAAGAAAUGAUCAGAAAGAGAAUGAGUUGAUUAUCGCUAUUCUAAGAAACAUGUAUGAAGAAAAACAGAAGGAUCAUGUUCACAUUGGGGAAGCAAAGCAGGCUUCACAGCCUUGUGGAGAGACUACUGGAAAUGAGAUGCCAAACAGUGCUUCCAGGUUCAGACUAGAUAUGUUGAAGAGCAAAGCUAAACGGUCACUAACAGAAUCAUUAGAAAGUAUCUUGUCACGGGGUAGUAAAGCCAGAGGUUCACUAGAAAGUUCUGGAAGUGUGGAUUUGGACAGCUCCUUAUCCAGUACAUUAAGCAGCACAAGUAAAGAACCAUCUUUGUGUGAAAAAGAAGGCCCACUUCCAGAGACUCCUGCCAAGACCAAUGGAUCUGUGGGAGAUGUCUCCAGUGACCCAGUUAGUCACCCCAUCGAGCAGCCUGAUAAAUUACCUCAGCAAGGCUUUCGCCGGCGAGCAAACACAUUGAGUCACUUGCCUAUCGAAUACCUGGAAUCUUUGGAACCAGUUGAAACAUCACCAUCUGUUCCACAAAGGAAACUUAUGAGGUAUCAUUCAGUGAGCACAGAGACUCCUCACAGGCGAAAUUUGAGCACAUCUGUUGGCGAGUCUGAAAGCUGUUCUGGUCAAUCUUCUUCUCCCUCUCCUCUAGCUCGUCUUAAUCCCUCGGCCUCUUCUCCCACUUUUUUAAAAUAUCUAAAGCAUAAUUCAAGCAGAGAACAAUGUGGGCAUGUUGCACAAAAGAGCAUCUCCUACCAUAUUGCCCUACGGAAAAAGCUUCAUUCUUCCUCCUCUGUGCCAAAUUUCUUAAAAUUUCUGGCUCCUGUAGAUGAAAAUAACACCUCUGACUUUAGGAGCGCAAAAAGUGACUAUGAGUCUAAACAAAGCCAGCUGGAUGUUGGCAAUGACACCCCUGUAAGGACUCGCCGGCAUUCAUGGAGACAACAGAUAUUCCUUCGAGUGGCAACUCCACAGAAAGGAUGUGAUUCUCCCAGCCGACAUGAUGAUUACUCUGAAUUGGGAGAUCUUCCACCCAGGUCCCCAUUAGAACCAGUUUGUGAAGAUGGCCCCUUUGGGCCAGUGAAAGAAGACAGGAAACGGACAACUCGGGAGCUUCGAGAACUGUGGCAGAAAGCCAUUCUUCAACAGAUACUGCUCCUCAGAAUGGAAAAAGAAAAUCAAAAGUUGCAAGCUUCUGAAAACAAUUUGCUGAACAGGCGUCUGAAACUUGAUUAUGAAGAAAUCACUCCGUGCUUGAAAGAUGUAACUUUGGUUUGGGAAAAAAUGCUGAGUACACCAGGAAGGUCAAAGACAAAAAUUGACAUGGAAACAAUACAUUCUGCUGUUGGGCGAGGAGUACCACGUCAUCACAGGGGUGAGAUCUGGAAGUUUUUAGCAGAACAAUACCAUCUUAAACAUCAGUUUCCAAGUAAGCAGCAGCCAAAGGACACUCCCUACAAAGAACUCUUAAAACAAUUAACUUCCCAGCAACAUGCAAUACUUAUCGACCUUGGACGCACCUUUCCAACACAUCCUUAUUUCUCAGCACAACUGGGAGCUGGGCAGCUGUCACUCUACAAUAUUUUGAAGGCCUAUUCUCUUCUGGACCCGGAAGUAGGGUAUUGCCAGGGCCUUAGUUUUGUAGCAGGAGUUCUGCUGCUUCAUAUGACUGAAGAAGAUGCUUUUAAGAUGUUGAAGUUUCUUAUGUUUGACAUGGGCCUAAGGAAACAGUAUCGUCCCGACAUGACUAUUUUACAGAUCCAGAUGUAUCAACUUUCCAGACUUCUUCACGAUUACCAUAGAGAUCUCUACAAUCACUUGGAGGAGCAUGAGAUUGGCCCUAGUCUCUAUGCUGCCCCCUGGUUUCUGACCAUGUUUGCCUCUCAGUUUCCCCUGGGAUUUGUUGCCAGAGUGUUCGAUAUGCUCUUUCUUCAGGGAUCAGAGGUUAUAUUUAAAGUGGCUUUAAGCCUGUUGGGAAGUCACAAACCCUUGAUUCUGCAACAUGAGAACUUAGAAACCAUAGUGGAUUUUAUUAAAAACACUCUCCCAAACCUGGGCUUGGUACAGAUGGAAAAGACCAUUAAUCAAGUGUUUGAAAUGGAUAUCGCCAAGCAAUUGCAAGCUUACGAAGUUGAAUAUCACGUGCUUCAGGAUGAGUUGAUAGAUUCGUCUCUCAAUGACAAUCAGAGAAUGGAUAAGUUGGAAAAGGCAAACACUAGUUUGAGAAAACAGAACUUUGAUCUACUGGAGGAAUUGCAGGUGGCAAAUGGAAAGAUACAAAACCUAGAAGCUACAGUAGAAUUUUUACUGAACAACGAGUGCAAAUUGAAGCAAUCCAUUCUCACUUUAGAGCUGGAGAGGAAAGCUUUGCUGCAGACAGUGGAAGAUCUACGCACGCAGACAGGCAGCCCAGGUGGAAAACAUCUACUUACCAGGCAAGAGUGCAUGGAUGCCAACUGACAGCUACAAUUGUAAUGGAGCAGACAAGUUCCACAAAGAGAAAGGGAAGAACUGUUUUUUACUGUCAUCAUUGGGAUUUGACACUGUCUUCUUAGCAUUGUCCAUGCCUUACUGUAGCCGAGUGAGGGAAUGGGAGUUUCUGCAAAAAUACGAGAAGCACGUUUCUCAGGGAGGAGACUCUUGCUUGUUAACUUAUAGAAUUCUUGUGAACUAUAAAAUAUUGCAAUAUAAUGAUGGGCAGGAAUAAAUAACUAAAUAACAUAUGUACACUCCAGAUACAAUGUACUGUAAAUAUCUGCGGUCAUGGACUCUUCCAUAAGUGCUUCUAAACCUAAGUGCUUCAUAUUGGUUACGUGUGUUCCUUUUUCUAUUAGAAAACUCCACGUUUAAUAGGUGUCCUGUAAAAGGCUGGAGAACUACAGCAGUGAAGAGCUUUUGAACUGACUCUGCCUUUUUGGGACUACAAAGUAUUAGCAUUCACAGAUAAGUUUGUGAUCAUACUCGAUAGAUUUCUGAGGGUGUAAUUCUCCUGUGGCUUGGCUGGGUUCCACUAAUCAUGUUAUUAAGGCCUCUGAUAACUGCUUUGUGUGCUUAAAGGUGUUAACUUAGUGGACCCUGGAGAGCUGGACUUGGUUGUACGUAACUAUAAUUGUGGGGCAUUUUGCCAUCAGUCUUUAUAAAACAUACUGUUUUAAUACGUUUUGUUUUGACAUCCAUUGUUUUAGUACUGUUGAUUGACAUGAUCUGAUAAAUGUACCAUUGAAGGUAACUGCAUUUUACUUUCUCAACAGAAUACACUGACAUUGUCAUGGCGGAGUCUGUCACUCUCACAGCAUUGUAGUGGAUUUAUCAUCAUGCCUAAAGGCGUCAUUUUAUUUAUUUCUGAUCUGCUAUGUGAUGUCAGACAGCCUCUUUCGGGGAACUGAAUGCCUGUUGAUUUUUAGUUUCAUUUGGUACUCGGUGCCCAUCCACCCUUUGGAGAAAAACAAUAUUUAAGACUCUUUCUCUGAAAUGAUGGAGGCACUUCAAAGCUUGAUUUUGUGCCAGACAUACUUACACUGCUUUAUAAAGGAUAUUGGGCUAAAGUAUGAAUUAGGACCGCGGCCUAUUUACAAUGCCUCUUUUGAGGAAGAUUACACAUUUUAAAAAGCUCACUUUUCUGGAAUAUACAAUGAAAGUAGUUUUCCGGCCAGUUAAAGCACCACUGUUUCAACUACAGGUGCAAUAAUAUCCAAGGAGAUCCAGUUAACUUGUUGUUUAAUUAGACCAAAUAGUAUCACAAAUUUCUUCUUCCCCAAACUCAGUGUUACAGGUAUCAACUUGCUGCUAUAGUGGAGAUUAGUAUUUCAGAUGUGAGUUUCCUAAAUUGUCAAUUUCUUAUUCUUAAAAUUUUAGGGCACAUUUAUUUCUCCAAUCCACAAUGUGGUGGAAGAUCUUUUACUUCAUGCAUGUUUCUCUAUGGUACAUUCUGCUUACAGCUGUAAUGUGCACUCUGGUGCGAAUCCAAUACCAGCAUGUGGAUUAAAGUGGAGAAUUUGCUCUUUAAUUUCUAAGUUACAGAUUGAUUCCUGUAAUUUCUUAGAUGUGGCUGGUUCUCCAAAUCCACAUUGUUUGCUUAGAGACUAAAUUCCAUACAAGCCAGACGUUACAAAUCUGUUUACCUCUUGUGUUUUUUUUUAAUUGAGAAACCAUACAGAAGCUCACACUUCACAUUUUAAAAUCUCUUUACAUCAUACCCUUUUACAGUUUGAGGGCUAAGUUAUGUUGCAUUUGGACAUCUAGGGGCCAUUACUCAUACACUGGCUUUUUACAUUAAACAAAAGAGCAACAGAGAAAAGUUAGUGAUCCAUGCCAAAAUUUAUGUUUGCACGUUUUGUUGCAUCUAAGAACAAAAACAAAGUUUUCUGUGUGAUAGUUCAGAAGCUAAUAUGUUAAGAGUUUCCCUGAGAUCACAGUAUCAUUUUUAAAUAGUUAUUAAUGAAAACUGAUGGACAUCAAACUUUUUUAGACACACUAAGAACCCCGGUUGUGAACUCGGGACCUGCGUCUGUAUCUCUUGGCUCAGGAUGUAUAUUUUUGGUAUGACUCAAGUUGUGCAGUAAUUCGGCUCAUGUUCUGCUUCUCUCCCAGUGUAAGUGGAGGAAAGCCCCUGGCCCAACGACUUUUUCAAGAAUUUAUUUUCCUUCAGACAAUAUGACGCUGAGUUGAAAGGGGGCUAGAACAACUGUUCCCAGAGGAGAGUGUGGUUAGUAGGUAGGCAUCCGUUUUCAGUCUCAAGUGUCCACAUGUUUGUGACAGUUUGAUUUUGCCAAGAAGCAGAGCUUUCCAGGGUGAAACCUGUCCAUGUACAAAUGCACCAGAUUUUGCUAAAGUUGCAAAUAGCAUACCUGACUGACACACUGAGGCCCAGGCCAUCCCCAGCACAGGAUCUGAGCAUUAAUGGGACAACUGCAUUAGGUUCUCCCUUGCUUACAUGGAAUCAGAUGAGCGUGCUGUUUCUGUGGGAUCAUUUUCCUGCCUCUUCUGCCCUGUGCCACUCGAUCUCAAGGGGGGGCAGGAAGGAAGAACAUGGAGUAAGGGAGGUGCCCUGCUCCAAGUCACCAACCCUUGCAAAGCGCAGGCGUUUCCAUGCAGAAAUGAGAGAGAAGUAAUACAGCUUGGUGCUGUAUGACACCCCUGACACACACCUUCAGGUCCCCUCUGCUUCUGGGGACUCUACCAAUAGCAGUAUAGUUCUGUGUUGCCAGGUGGAGAGGAUCCUGAACUAUCCCUACAGGCUGGCUGCUGUAUCAGAACAGAAGGCAGCUCCCUUACCUGUAGUUAAGAGAUACUAGCGAGUUGGAAACCCAUAAAUCCAUGUGCUAGCCUCCAAAAGGGAAAACUCCUCCCUCUCGAGGGAACGGUCUGAGGAAAGCUGCAAGUUGAAGCUCACAGAAUUUUCUCCCCCUUGCCUCUCCCACAGGUGAUUAGUCUCUCUCCCUCUCCCCCCCCCACCCCGAUGGUACACAGAAAAGGGGGAGAAAAAAGAAAGGGGGAAAAAGAGAGCGACUUCCAAGGAUUCCCCAGGAGAUGGUCCCAAG